UCAUCUUGGGAAAUACGGUCUGAUCACAUGUGACCUAGAAAGGAAACAGUGGCUCCGGCCAUAAGAAAAGGUCUUUAAAGAAAAAUUUUAAAAGCCUAAAAUGGGUCUGUUGAAUUCUAAAAAGCCCAAAGCCAAGCAAGCCCGAAUUCUUCUUCUGGGACUUGACUCUGCUGGGAAGUCUACCCUUCUUUACAAACUGAAGCUUGAUAAGGAUAUUGUGACUAUCCCAACAGUAGGUUUCAAUGUGGAGAUGAUUGAGUUGGCAAAAGGUGUCUCGCUCACGGUCUGGGACAUUGGAGGACAAGAGAAAAUGAGAGCCACGUGGGGCCUCUACUGUGAGAACACUGAUGGGCUAGUGUAUGUUGUGGACAGUACGGACACACAGCGACUAGAAGACUCCAGGAAAGAGUUUGAGCACAUCUUGAAGAAUGAGUACAUUAAAAAUGUGCCUGUGGUCCUGUUAGCCAACAAACAAGAUGUGCCUGGAGCUCUAAGUGCCGAGGACAUCACCAGGACGUUCAAAGUGAAGCAACUCUGCAGUGACCGGAACUGGUGUGUGCAGCCCUGCUGUGCCGUCACUGGGGAUGGACUAAUGGAGGGGUUCCAGAAGUUAACUGGAUUUGUGAAAAGCCAGAUGAGAUCAAGAGGAGACACUUUAGCAUUCUUCAAACAGCACUGAGGUCCAAGUGGAGGAAGAGACGCUGAUGAAGUUGAAAGGGUAAUUUU